UAUGCUAACAGGCAACCAGUAGUACGGUCCCUCCUGGAUACAACGUUCGUUUGUUGGCAGGUAUACGCGGGAUUCAGACUGAAACCACAUCACAAAGUCCUGUCUGAGAUUCACGGCUGUCCGGCUCCUGCCGCGUCAUGUCUAGAUAUUCGCGGCCACCCAACUCUUCCCUCUUCGUUAGGAAUGUGGCUGAUGCCACCAGGCCGGAGGAUUUGCGCCGUGAGUUUGGUCGGUAUGGCCCAAUAGUAGACGUUUACAUUCCACUUGACUUCUACCAUCGUCGCCCCCGAGGAUUUGCUUACAUACAGUUUGAAGAUGUUCGUGAUGCCGAAGAUGCCCUUUACAACCUCAAUAGAAAAUGGGUUUGUGGUCGACAGAUUGAAAUACAGUUUGCUCAGGGUGACAGAAAAACUCCCGGGCAAAUGAAAACUAAGGAACGUCGUAACUCCUCUCCAAAUGAUCGCAGAAGGUCUAGAAGUCGUAGUAGAAGGAGAACACGUAGCCGAAGCUCCUCUUGGGAUCGUGGCAGAAGAAGGUCAAAACACAGGAGGCAUUCUUACAGCCAUUCAAAGUCCCGCUCAAGGACACCUCCGAGACGUUCAAGAACACCACAAAAGCAUUCAUUGUCCAAAGGACGCUCCAAAUCGCCCGAGAAGUCUCCUUCUCGUUCCCCACCUAAGCAGUCUAGCUCUGGGCGAAAGUCUCGAUCUGGUCAGAGGCGGUCAGGCUCUACAUCAAAAUCUCCAUCAAAAUCUCCCCACAAAAAGAAUUCCAACUCUGUGUCACAAAAGGAAGCAGCUAGACGUUCCCGCUCUCGCUCGAGGUCGAGAUCCUGGUGUUACAAGGGCAAAAACAGCAGUCGGCAGUCUGGAUCUGAUGAUGAUUAGGAUCACUCUAAAACGCAUUGCUAUAGAGAGGAACGCUGAGCAUUCGUACACUAUGCGUUGCACAUCUCUAAUCUGCCAAGGAGCUGGUCAUAUCAUUCAGGCUUCCUAGUGUAUCUUAAUGUAUAAGAUAGCAUAUAAAUGACAUUUUUGAGAAAUUUAAGUGGGGCAUAUGUUUUUAAUAAAGCUCAAAUUGAAUAAACAGAAAACAUCAGUAUUCUUUACUCCUAUGGCCCCUAGUGUGUGUGUGUUUUUUUUGUUUGUUUUUUUUUCCCCCCCAUACAAAUGCAAUUCUAUAUUUUUUAUGUUUAGACAGUGUUUUGUUGCUAAUCAAUGUGAAAGGGGUAGUAAAGAAUGGUUACUUGGAUAUGUGAACUUUUUAUAUAGCAAAAAAAGGUUUUGUUAACUCUGUUAAUGAAUUAUUUGUAGCAACCUUUGUCAUGUAGUAUAGGUAUAUGCCUUUUGAUACAAAUGACGGAUGCCUAUUACCUAAAUAUUUUCAGAAACAUUAAAUGAUAAUUUGCCAUUCAAUAUAUGCAAGAUUUUGUAAGUGGUUUGGUGUUUUAAUGCACCUGCGGAAUUUUGUUUUCAUUAUCCAUUUUUUUUUUUUUUUUUUUUCAAAUAUUCUUUAGCUGAAAAUAUGGUUUAGCAUGAAAUUAAUUGUAUUUGUGUUUGCAGUGCUUAAGAAUGUAUUGCUUGUGUACUUUAGAUGCAAUAGUAUAAUUCCUUGUGCUUUAAAAUUUGUCCCCAAGUACUGUCUGAAAUGGUAGUGUUGGAGACUAGUUACAUAUUUUGUUUAACAAUUUUAAUAAAUGAAAGAAAAGCUAA